AUGCAAUUUGUGGAGAGUGGAAAAUUUUUCGUAGCCAGAUUGAUUGAUAAAGCCGGCGUUGAUCGCGAGUCACAUUGUGCAUUGAAUUCAACAUGCAAAAAAUACGAUGAUAAUUAUCGAUUAACGAUAGAUUAUUUCGAUGGUUCACUAAAUGUAUCUGAUUCAAAAAUGUUAGUUGAAUCUGUUGGAAAAUAUUUUGAUGAAAACGGUGUACUGUGUUAUAAACGAUUUUGUGCGGAUCUAAAAAAGAUUUAUGAUUCAUUAAGAUUACAGACAAGAAAACAACAGUGA